CUUUCUGAUGUCGCCUGCUGCGAUUUGCCUUCUUUCGAAAGCUUGAUCUUCCCCAGCAAAUCGAUUACAUCAAGACAAAAUAUGGGCAAAUUCGAAGAAUUCAAAUCUCAGCAUGAUAGCAGUGCCAAGCAAUCGGCCGCUCCGCCACCAUCAUACGGGCAAGCUUCCGGCACCUCUCACCAUCAGCCAAGCCAACCCAUGUACAAUGCAUUUUCUUGCAUACACCUGGCUCGGACGGAUGGUAUAAGGCUGAUCAAUAUGCCUGCGGCCUCCGAUGUUAGGGCGAUCGAGACAGCUAUUGAGCGCGUAUGGGUGCCGGGAAUUCAAGGCAAGUCUUCCGUGGCCGGUACCGUGGGUACGGAGUGGAAAUUGAGAGGAAAUCCUUGGUCUGGUAUCAUGACCGAAGCUAUACAAGCGCGACGCCUACUCAUACACAUUUUCCAUGCCCUGAGUGCGGUGGGAUGGGAUCUGCACAUGUCUGUGGACCUCACUAAAAAGCAGUAUGACAAGGACUCUGUCAUAUUCCGCAAGACAACACCUCCGAGAGAAAAGUACUUCUUUUGUGUGUCUUUCAAUGAAGGGGACAAGGUGCGCAUCAUCGACCCUCCCAAUAAUGAUGUAAGGGAUGCCUUCAUCCAAGCUGUGAGGGUAGGUCGACCAAGAUGUGAUGUAGAUUGAAUUGGCUGAUUGCUACACGUCAGCAAACCUGGUAUAGAGGGGUACAGACCGAAAAGGAAAAAGAGCAUGGCUGUUACCAGAUCAAGCUUCGAGGUAACCCAUGGUGGAGCUCGAAUGGCCUUGAUGUGAAUCACGCAAGGAUUGUAUCUCUCGCAAUCUUGUCUGCCAUGGACGUCCAAGGGUUUGAACUGGCAGCAAGUGUUGACAUGAGUGUGGGUACCGAACAUGGAGGCGACGUGGACACUUGGUUCUUUGCUUCUAAAUGAGUUCAAGAGGGCUGAGGGGCGACCAAAUCAUGUAUAACCCCUAUGACCCCCGUCCACCCCUAAUGUUGUGGGGCAACAGUUGAUGCGUGAUUCCGAGUCUCCUCAAGAUGUUAAGACUAUAGAUCAGCGCUUUGCACCGAUUUGUCCGAUUUGUCCGUAAAAGAGCGUUUGCUGCAGGCCUAAAAGCGAG